UAAACACGGAUAUUCAUUCUUUUCAUACUUCCCUGCAAUACUGUUCGCCAUUACUUUUCUUUUUGUGACAUUUAUACUUCGUCUAACCACACUUUUAUCCUCGUCACAAUAACAAAGUCCAAUGCAAUCGUUGUGUAGUCGAGGGACGUUGGGCAGUCAUAAUAAGUUAAGCGAAACAGACGGCAACGAAGAUUAUCGAGCUUCCACGGUUGCGUCGGUACUUUAAUAAUAAAUUAAUAUGCGAGAAAGUGGAGCGCGAGAAGACCUACGAGUGUCUCUGCUAGAGGAGCUCAACAAUCUUGUGCACGAUGAUGGAAACACGCUGAGGGAAGUUACGGGCGGACUCGAGCCUACGAGAAUUUUCGAAGGCCUGGAGGGGCAGCAGGUGGAGGAAGAGGAAAGGAAGAGUUUCAUCUAGAGAAUCAAGCGAAUCCUUACAGUAUUAGAAGAGGGCAUCCGGAAGAAAAAAUAAGACUCGAUAGCGAUAGGUGGCGUGGAGAAAGAAGCCGAAGGGAAGAUAAAAAAAGUGGCUGAAACGGGUCCAAAGGGAGUCAAGGAUAAGAAAAUGUUUUUCACGGCAGACAAGGAGAAUCGCGAUAAUCCUGUUGCGAAUGGCAAUGAUGACCUGGAGGUUAGCAAUGGUGGCUGUAAAAGGAUCAAGAAUAUAUUCGAUUUCGAUUGGGCAUGUACGUCAUCUAUCCUGCAGAGGAACUCCUUAGAAUCUAUGAGAAUCCCGUCCGCGAGAACUUACUGACUACCGUAUCGCAUAACCACGCUGUGUCUUCGUCCUCGAGUGUCGAUCGUAACCGCAGCUACAAUAAUAACAGGAGCAACCUCAGCCUAUUCUGCCGUCGUAGAGGAGGUAACGAGGGCAGUAAAUUCACUAGAAGACUCUCGGCCCUCGCGGUCAGGAAUAAUCCCCGUCACGGUCAAGCAGUCGCGACUGAUAACAAAAAGAGACACACGAACGAGAGGAACUGUACGAUUAUGCAAAAUAAUCGUAGCUCCGCCUCAGACGAGGGUAACAAUCCCCUUAAGGAUCUCACGCACGCCACCCUCAACGAGCCACUCAAACUUUACAAUGGGAACGCUCUCAAGCUGGUACAAACUGUAUCGGAGUUCGCCCAGGAACUUGGCGGUGCCAUGGAAACGCACGCUGCGAACGUCCGACGACUCGUGGACGAUUUUCGUGGACGUUCCGGGGAAUCACGUGGGGACUCCGGUGGGAUGCGCCGUGCCUGGGAAAAUCUUCUUCGUCAGGUCGAAGCCGACGCCUCGACUCAUCUCGACCUGGCAGCUGUUCUCCAGCAACAGCUCUCCAGACCCACCCUGGAGUCGAGCUUUCACCGUAAGAUACAAUCAAGGAAGGUAUUCUCGCAUCGCGAGGCUUACGAGCAGGUGGUGAGCAAGACCGAGGAGAAGCUUCAGCGCGCCAGGAUGGAUUACAAGCGUGCAUACGCGGCGCUCCUGGCGGCCGAAAACGGAACUGAUCAGGAGUCCCAGAAACGUGGCUACCUAGAGGCGCAUAACAAUUACGUCCUACAACUGAGAGCGACCAACGCGAUAGCCGAACACUAUCAGCUUCAUUGCCUGCCAAAUCUUCUCGGCGAGAUGUCGGAGGUUUACGAGGAGCUGUGCACGCUGGCCUGCAAUUGCGUCGCCGGUAUAUCGGAGGUGGCCAGCGAGCGUUCUAGCGAGCAGGCAAGAAGAUACCAGGCGGUGGCCAAGGAGGCUCAAUCAGUCACGCCCUUGAAUGACCUUCAAUUAUUGGCCAGGAACCUCCUGCCGACGGCACCGCCGCGCAAACCGCCGCGACGGUUAUUCGUACCCCCAUCGCCACCCGAACAGGCACCAAUCGAGAAAAUCAAUCAGGUUCCUGCCCUCAGGGAUGAAUUGGUUCCCACGGGUACCAGUACUCUGCCCAUGAUGGAAGAUCUACGCAGGGAGGCCGACAGUCUCACUCAGGAGAUCAGCAGACUUCAGGAUUCUCUUGAUACCUUGAUACGUAUGCAACGGAAGAGCGCCGAGAGUAGCCUAUACACAAAAGCUGCUGAAUUACAGGAAGAUAUAUCCAUGAAGCGUUUUGACCUUGGAGUAGCUCAUCUUCAUCUGGCUGCAGUACAGGCCCAGAAGGAGCUCUUCAGCGGCGGAGAGGCUGGUCAGCCGGAUGGUGUAAGCAGUCGAAAGAUGUCAAAUGGCUCGACCGGAAGUACCAAACACAAAUGGCUAAAAGCGUUCAAGAGUCUAAAGACAAGUUCCCCGACUACGCCGCCACCUGUCGACAAAAGCAAGCAGACGAUGUACCAUGCCGUAUCGACCGUCGUGGCGUUGUCCAGGAAAAAUUUGGAGUCCGAGGGUGGACAUUCCUGGCGCGAGUACACCUACCGCAAGAUCACGCCCUGCGACGCCUGCGGACAGGUACUACGUGGACACAGUCGUCAGGGCUUACGCUGCAGGGGCUGCAAGGCGAACGCUCACGCGGAUUGCAUUAACCUGGUGCAACCGGCGACCUGUCCCAGUCUCGGUGGAAAACGUGGAGGCGGUAUACCUCUUCUACGUAGGCAACGUACCACGGUGCAACCGCCGGAAGACACACCGCAACCGGAACACAACGUCGACGCCAUAUACCAGGUGCUGAAACAGGCUGGAGAGAUCCGAGGAAACUCGACAAGCUCACCACCUACGCCUCCCACAGCAGAUCAUCCUUCUUCCGGUGCAGCACCUUCGUCAACGAGGACCUCCUCCCAACCCUGUUCCUCGUCCACCUCUGCGCCGCACAGCCCACAACGUAGACGCGAGAGGCUCAACCUGAGAAUGAAAAGUCUCAGUCUGGAUUCACCCGAGGGUUCAACACACGUUCGUCAUCGCCCUCGAGAUUAUUACGCCCCUGGACAAAGAGAGUCGACACCGCCACGACACUCCGACAGCGGCGGCAUUAAUAGGUUAUCACCCUGCAGUCCUGGACAUGGUCACGUGGGUCACAAGCACAUACGAAGUGCCAUAAGGAUGUCCAGCAUGGAGCUUCCUGAUGAAAAUGAGAAAUCGUACUCUUCGGCGAGCACCUCCCCGUGUCCUUCGCCACAUGCUAACAGUCAGAAUCAUCUGAAUCCGCUUCCGCCUGGAAAACGUGUGCUGCCACCUAACAAUCUUUACGUUAUUCUCUACAACUUCACCGCCAGACACAGGGACGAAUUGGACCUCAAGGCGGGUUGCAAAGUGACAGUGAUCGACAAAUCGGAUCCUGAUUGGUGGAAAGGAAAAUGUCUAAGUGGUCGUGCCGGUUAUUUUCCCAGUGCAUACGUCAUGCGCGUCGAAUCCGGACAGAAGACAUUUCAAGUGACCCGCAAUCUACAGCUGUCUGACCAGACUACUCUUCUUCGAGAUCAGAUCGUCAUCCAAGUCGGCGAAGAGGUUGAUGGCGUGGCGAUGGUCCGUUGCGCCUCCAACGUGAACUCAUCCGACCAAUCAGAUCGAAGCAAGGAUGGCGAGAGUCGUUUCAAGGAAACUCUUUGCCCACUGAAGUACCUUCAGGAAGUGUGA